AUGAUGACCUCUCCUCGGUUCCGCGAUGUCGGCGGUAGCUUCGCAGACCGGCGCGGGCACAACCAUAACCUAUCGUCGGACUCAAGUCAUCACAUCACCGAGACUAUUGGCGGCCUCUACGGCGAUGACGAUGACGACGACGAAUAUGCAAGCAUGAAUAACCACCGGCCCAUGAGCUUCAUCGCAUCCCCUCAUGGCGGAGAACAGAUACCGGGCCACGGUGGCGUGCCCGAAGAUGCCAGUCUCCGGCUCGGCCGGUCCCAGUCAGAUACGGCCGCCGACUACCACAGCCUGCGUGGGUCUCAGACGAAUGGGCACAGUGAUCUGACGUUGUCUUCCAUAUCUCCUUCUCGCAUGCCUAGCCAGCGGAGCAUCUCGUACGACUCGAGUCAAGUGACAUCGCCAAUCUCGCCGUUGUCGCCGACUCUGAAGGAGAUGCAGGAAGCCGAGCAAUUUCCGCUGACCAAUAUUGACAACCCGAGCGAUAUUGCCCAAGAGCUCAGCAACCUGCAGGCGUUGCGGCGCAUGUCUAUGGACGUGUCGAACCACAGUGACCCGGAUCUCUUGCCUUUCCAGGGUGUAUCACUAAUGGCCAUGCCGUCUGUCGCGCCAAAAGGUGACGACGAUGCGGAUCCUUCUCGCUUGCUCUGGGUUCCAGCCGGUGUCCACCCCGAGCUGGCUCCCUCAGAAUUCAAGACCUUUGUCGAGACAAGAGUCAAACGCAUGAAUCGUCGAUCAAGUGAAGCCUCGGGUUCGUCGCUUUCUCCGGAUGGCCUCGGUCGCAGUGAUUCAGGGGGUCUGCGUCGCAAAAAGUCCAUGUUGUCUCGCCAGGUCGAUAACAGUGCGGUUCAAGGGGGCGACAAAUAUGUCGAUGGUGCGGACCGUCUACAGAGGAGCAAUUCUCAAAGCUCUUCCGGCCCAGGCGGCCUCAGCUUGGACGAACUCGUCAACGACCCAACAAGAGCCGUUCAGCGACUCACGCUUGAGUCACAAGCUGCAGACAGCAAUCUGUCGGAUGACAUGCCAAUACUACCUUCUGUUCCCGGAAUGGGGCUUCGUCGCUCGACACGCACGACCUAUCGGAAAGGAGGUAGCCUGAAGAGCCGCGGUGGUUCGGUGCGGUCCGGCGAGAGGUUGUCAUUCUCCACUCGAGUCGCCAGACAGUCUGAAGACCAUAGCGACACCAUGGGCACAGAUGCACCACCAGAAGCACCACCAGGUCACGGUCUGUCUCGUGUCCAAUCGGCGCCUAUUGUGGCCGAUGACCUUUCCCGCCAGCCUAAAUCUGUCCGCAGACAACAGACAUUCUCGCAAGAUAUUACUACGCCUACCACAGACCAGCAUUCGGAACCGGGCUCGCACAGGUGGACAGGAUCUGGAGAAGACCAGAGAACCGCUUCUCCCAUUCCGCAGAUCAUUGAAACGCCAGCGACUGAGGACCCGUCCCACCCAGCCGAUCACAGGGCGUUUCCUGAGAGGUCGUCUUCCCAGCAUGCCGCAUCGCCUGCUGUACCAGCCAUUCCUGAUGAACCUCCUGCGCGGUCCAGCCGACGACCAAAUUAUGGAUCCCAAGCACAAACCCCGUCUCAACAAGUGCAGAGUCGCAACCGCCCGCCCAGUAGCGGGAAUGGUACCCUUGAUGACAUGGCGCACAAUGUGUCGCCUAUCCCUGGCAACAGUUCUACGAGAACGGACAGUUUGACGUUCAUCCCGACGUUUUCGUCCUCAGUGUCGGACGAUCGGAAACCCGAGAAGAAAAGCAAGAAGGACAAGAGCGAUUCGGAGAGCAGCUCCAAAACCUCACCGUGGAAGUGGCUCAAGAGCGACGACAAGGACAAGAAGAAGAAAGACGAGGAUUCGAAAAAGUCGCGAGGAAGGAACUCUUCUGAGAAGCCACAAGACAACGCUCGGCUUGAUGUCCUGCAGACGUCAAUCGAUGGGACUAGGCAGAAGGGCCGCGAUAGCCUUGUCCUGGAUCGUGAUAACGUCGACUCGAAACUGGAUGAGGAGCGGAAGAAGGAAAACAGCCGCAAGCCUGGAGACGGCAAGAAAGAGAAGGAUGGCUUGUUCGCAUCCAUCUUCGGCGGCAAAAAGAAAGGCGACCGGGACUCGUCUCAUCGGAAAUCGCAUGCUCAGCGCCCGCUGUCACCCGAGCCCGCACCGUACCGCCCCAUGAAGCCCGAUGUUGACUACCAUUGGACGAGGUUCCCGAUACUCGAGGAGCGUGCUAUAUACCGAAUGGCACAUAUCAAGCUCGCCAAUCCCCGCCGUGCUCUCUACAGCCAGGUGCUGCUCAGCAACUUUAUGUAUGCAUAUCUUGCCAAAGUCCAGGCCAUGCAUCCUCAGAUGCAGGUUCCUAUCUCGCCACAGCAAAAGCGCCUGCAAGAAGAAGAAAGGCGGCGUAAGGAGCAGGAGCAGCAGUACCUUGAGCAGCAGCAGGCACAGGAGAGCAUGGAUCGCUACAAUUUUGAGUAUCAUCGGACGAACUCGGAUCAGUAUGCCGACCAGAGUCCUCAGACGGGUGAUUACCCCGAAGAUGCUGAGAUAUACGAUUACGAUCAUGGUAGGGAUCAUCAAAAUGAUGCUGCUGCCUACGGAGAUGACAACAAUUACGGACAAGGUGACGGCAAAGACUAUUACGACUACGCGUACCAGGAGCAGGGUCACGGAAAUGGACACGGAAACGGGCACGGGGAUGGCCGUCGCCAUCAAGGAGAGGAAGAGAUGUGGUAA